AUGCCGGGAGAAGCUCAGCUCCCAUCCCCGACGAGGGUUCCUCCACCCGAACCCGACCCCAUGGCAGCCAUGAAGCUUACCAGGGGCACCUCAUGUGUGCUAUGCCAGCAACGAAAGGUGCGCUGCGACAAGAACAAGCCGUGUGCCAACUGUGUCAAGGCCCGGGUAGAGUGUCGAGUGAUACCACCACAACCACCCAGACGGCGGAAGAAGCGGCUCCAAGAACGGGAUCUUGUCGACAGACUCAAGAAAUAUGAGAACCUGUUAGCCGAGAAUGGCGUCAAGUUCGACCCCAUCGCCGCGGAUCUCAAGGCCUCGGAUAGGAACUCGGUGCAUAUGGACGACGACCACCAGAUCGACGACGAUGCCGACCUGGCGAACGACUUUGAAGGGCUCAAGACCUCUCCCGAGGGGAGCACAUCCCCUUCCGUUGCAGGGAGCCGAAGGUCGCAAUCCGACAAACCCUUUAACAAGUGGUUUCCUUUCCACAAAGAGUUCAGAGCUAGCGAGGAGCUACUCAGAGACUCUUCAGAAGACGAGGUUGAUGGUUCAACGAUCCACCAUGCUUUCGACAAGAUGUAUGACAACCAAGAUGGCUUUCCGUUUGUCGUAGGCAGUCGCAACGCGUCGGUGAUGCACCUCCACCCGUCGCCCAUCCAGAUCUUCCAACUAUGGCAGAUCUACAUUAACAAUGUCAACCCCCUCCUAAAAAUCACACAUGUACCAACGGUUCAGGGCCUCAUCAUCGAGGCCAGCGCCAACCUCGAGAAGAUCCCCAAGAACGUCGAAUCGCUUAUGUUUGCGAUAUACCUCAUGGCAGUCACCUCACUCGAGGACGUUGAGGUUGCAAAGAUGUUCAAUGAACCAAAGCCCACCGUCCUCUCCAGGUUCCAUACAGGGCUCCAACAAGCCUUGGUCAAUGCCGGCUUCAUGCGCACCAGCGAUACGAUGGUUCUCCAGGCUUACAUGCUCUACUUGAUCGGGGUCCGCAUGUUCGUUGACCCGCGCCAGAUAUUCUGUCUUGUCGGGAUCGCCGUGAGAAUAGCUCAACGAAUGGGUCUCCAUCGAGACGCUGCGGCGUUUGGCCUGUCACCAUAUGAAGUCGAGCAGAGGCGGCGGCUGUGGUGGACGAUUGUAGGCUACGACCGUCGGAUAGGAGAGAUGACGGGCUCGACUGUGACGGCCCUGUCUACAGCUGGGGACUGCAAACUACCCUUGAAUAUUAACGACACGGACCUCCACGUCAAUGGCAAAGACGCCCCGACGCCCCACCAGGGUGUGACGGAAAUGCUUUUCGUCCUCAUCCGGACGGAGCUCGCGAUGGCUAUCAACAUCGACAGCAUGCGGGAUCCCCAAAGACACAGCGACAAGGACGGCGCCCUGGGGUCUGCCGCGCCACGCCCCGGUCCGACUGUUCGCAUGGCCGGCCAGGACCAAUCUUACACGCUCGAUGGAUUCUUCGCGCAUAUCGAGGGGACAUACCUAAAGUGGUGCGAUCCCAAGAUCCCGCUACACUUCUUUACUCUCACCAUGACGCGUCAGGCGCUGUGCAAGAUGCGCGUGAUUUCGUUCCUCGUGCGGAUGGGCAACGGCGAGGCGAGCACAUUGGCAGACCACGAGCGCGAUACUCUCUUCCUCGAAGCCAUACAGAUGAUCGAAUACGACAACAUCGUUCAAGCUGCCGACAGCCUACAGGGGUACAAGUGGUACACGUACCUGCAUUUUCCAUUCCCGGCGUACAUGUUCCUGGUGACGGAGCUGCGCCACCGGCUUACCGGACCGAUGGUCGAGCGCGCGUGGGACGCUAUCGCCGAGAACCAUGAGCGGCGUGGCCUUAUGAGCACGCUACACAGCCCCAUGCACAUCGCAUUUGGCAACCUUUUCAUCAAGGCCUGGGACGCACACGAGGCCGGGCAACAGCAGAUCGGCAAGCCGAUGCAGGAGCCAAUGUGGAUCACGCGGCUCCGGCAGAGGGCGGAGAGAAUGGGCAAGAAGCAGCGAAGCGGCCAGACCGGUGCGGAGAUGGGCGCCGGCAUCCCGCAACAGACAGCGCGAGCUGUGCCGGUCAACAGCACGUCGCAGCUCGGGGCCAUGCAAAUGACGCAGAACAUAAUGAUGACGCCGCCGUCCGUGGGUGCGGGGACGCCGGCAAUGAGCGGCCCACCAGCGCCAGAGAGCGAUGUCGUUGACAUGGACUGGAGUUACUUGAUGCAGGGGUAUGAUAUGGACACAUAUGUGGCAUUUGGGGGAGGCUUCGGAGGCUUUCCCUUGAACGGCAACAACAUAGGAGGGCCGGGCAUGAUGGGGAACUCGGACGGAAACAUGUUUGGGAACUAA